AUGUCUCUCCGCGGCGGUACCCAGAACCUGCGCGAGAUCGCGCUCGGCGCCAUCCACGAAGGCGGUGGAAGCUCGCCCGCCGCGCGGGUGCACCGGCUCACGAUGAGACAGUGCCGCGCGCAUGUGGAGCGUGAGCGUGGCUCCAGCGUCACGCGGCAGGAGAGAGGCUUUGUGCGUAUGGUGCUGGAAGCGGAGACAGCGGCGAUACUCACCGGCAGGCGGAAGGGCAGCGUCGUGGAGGGCACCACGUUUGCGGACGCUCCCCGGCGACCGCCGUCACCGCCUCCACCCGCCGCGCCUGAGCCCGACUAUCCGCAGUCCCAGUAUGCGCAUACCGAGGUAGCGGUACCUGACAUUGUGUGCUACGACUGCGGCUCCGGCGAAGACUCGGCCUCAAACCCGAUCCUGCUCUGCGAUGGCUCCUUCCCCGGAGGCGCGGACUGUCCGCAAGCCUUUCACCUCUUCUGCCUCGAGCCGGUCAUCGCCCUCUCCGACGUCCCCGCUGGGCAGUGGCUGUGCCCGUCGUGCCGCGCCGAGGAGCAGCGCGGGCUCUGGAGGGGAAACUGUGGCGAUACUCAGUCGCCAAAGGAGCGAACGUCGGCCGGCAGCCGCGUGGGACCCUGCUUCCAGGCGAUGCUCCCGCCUCUGCGCGCUGCGACGGCGACGGGCGGCGGCUCGCCGCCGCCAUCCCUCGCUCCUGUCGAGGGCGAGGCCUCUUGCGGCGCAAGCGGAGGGGGGUCGGCAGUGGAAGCGCAAGCGAACGAACACGCGGUGCUGGAGGUGGAGCCACCCACCCACUCCACGGGUCGCCCCGGCUCGGUCUCGACCGCGGUCCGUCGGCCGGCGAGCCGCCUCCGCAAAAACAGGCACCCGUAUGGCCGCCGCGUGCUAUACGGCGAGACCGACGGGAGGGUUUGA